AAGAAGAUUGCUCGCCGGAAACGGGGAUUCUAUUCAUGUCUUCCACUUCGUUUUCCUCCGGUGGAGCAAAAUCCGGCAGCAAAUCAUCGGAAAAAUCGAAAGCGCUCAUCAGAUUAUCACAAUCCGCAACUCUCGAACAACUGGACUGAAGGGGUUCCCUUGAGAUCUGGCCGCGGCCCAAUACAGAAGGCCCAGGCCCAUCUAAAUGGUCCGGCCCAGCGACGUAAUUCCAGGCCAAUAUCCUCUGCAUUUUACCCAAUUCCAAAUUGGCAUCGAAUAUCGCAUCGGAAGCGGCUAAUAGGGCCGGCGGCGAAAAUCCCGGCCAAAACCGGACAAUUCCGCGUUGUUCUCCGGCUCAAUUUUCCGAAUCUCUCGGUUCACGGCGGUGCGGCUGUAAUUCCCCAUAAAACCGGCGGGCGGCGGCGGCGGGUCGGCGUCCAGGGCGUCGAUGGCGGCUUUGGCCUCCCUCAUGAGCCAGUCGAUGGCCUUGCUCGGCCGGUCGUAGCCGAGCCGGUCCUGGACGUCAACUGGAUGGCGGUCCCGGGUGACAGCCUCACGCGCCGGUCGCGCGUCCCCCUGGCGGUGCAGACCUUGCUGUGCCGGUCCUUCCGGCCAGCCGACCGGACGACGCUUGCGCCGGCCGGGUCCGGCUUUUUUCUCCUCUUCGCCUUCGGCAUUUGGGACGACAAUGUUCGGGAU